AUGAACAUUGUGAUUGCACGGCGGUGGAGCAUUGAUGCUAGCACCGAUGAUACUGUCUCUAAUGAUGACGAUGACCAGUUGAAAACGGAAAGCUUUCAUCGUGAUUUUGACGAUGUGGGCGGCAGCCGUAAGCCUGUUUCUACAUCCUUAAACGCCGCAAGGCCACGAAAUAACAUGGCCAUGUGUAUAAGUAAACCUACGGGUCCGCCCCAGAAGCUGCAUGUGUCUUCAAACCGUAGUGCGGCACAAAAGUCACUGACAAUAACAUCAACGGAUGACUUCGACCAACAGGAGUAUGUCUGCGGUAUUGUGUAUCAAAUACGUUUCAGUCCAUCUGCAGCCCCGUGCAUGAUCUGUGUUGUGAAUGUUCCACAAACGGACAUGGGAGCGAGGUGGCAAACUUGA